CAUAUGGAAGUCUGCACACUAGAACGAAUUUCACGGAUUUCGACUUGGCAUUGUCAUCCCGAUAGCUGACAAACCCGGCAGCAUGUUUCUGGCAACGACCUACACUCUUGCGCCUUGUGGCCGGAUUCCUCUCAGCUCACGUGGAAGGACAUAUAAAGAGAGACUCACUCACUGAUCUGACUGCUCUCAGCCGUAGCUCGAUACGCCCGUACAAGCAUCAUGCCCGGCCUCCUCUUCGUCUUCUCAGAGCCCGGCCCAGCCGUCUCCGAAGCUGAGUUCAACGACUGGUACGAUAACGAGCACGUCCCCUUACGUCUUCCCGUCCCCGCCUUUCUAUCCUGGUCUCGUUACGUCGCCACGGACGACAAGAAACCCUCUUACCUCGCUCUCUACGACCUCACCCACCCAAACGCGAUCAAUGAGCCCCCCUACUCGACCCUCGCAGACACCCGCUCCGACCGCGAGAAGGACAUCAUCUCCCGCCUCGCCGUCCUCGACCGCCGCUCGUACUCCCUCCACGAGGUCGUGCACCCGCCUCGCGCCGGCGACGCAUAUGACCCCCGGAAGCCCGGGCCGUACCUCAGCAUCGUCCAGAUGGACAUCCCCGACGAGCUCGUCGACGAGUUCAACAAGUGGUACGACGAGGAGCACAUCCCGCUCUUCUCCAAGAUCCCGCAGUGGGAGCGGAGCAGGCGCUUCGUCCUACAGGACGCCGGGGCGACGGGCACGGACGAGAGCUUGAAGCCCGAGGGAGGGCGGCCGCAGAGGUUCUUGGCGAUCCAUGAGUGGUCCGAUCCUUCUGCGACUGAGACGGAGCAGUUCAAGGCUGCCCUCGCCACCCCGUGGACGAAGCGGUUUGUUGGGAUUGCGACGCGCUUUGAGCGGCGGCUCUUCAAAUUCACCCGGAGCUGGGAGAGGCAGUGAGGGCAUGAUGCACGCUGUGCGACGUCGCAGUCGUGAGUGUCUCAAUCGUCGUAUCGUCCGACAGUUAUCGUUCAUCGUAGUACCGACCAGAACAAACCAACACGACUCUUGGUGGGAUGAAUACGAAGCAGAACCCACAUAAA